AUGAGAUUCUGCACUUCAAGCAACGUGACGAAGAAGCACUGCAUCAAGCUUGGGAUAGAUUCCACCUUCCCAGUAAUAAUCAAUGCAAAUUUGACUGAGAUGGAGACACAGAAAUUGAUCAAGGAGCUGAGAGUACACAGAAAAGUAAUCGGAUAUACCAUUGAUAACAUAAAAGGGAUCAGCCCUUCGAUCUAUUUUACAGAAAAGAUUAUGGAGCUAUUCAUGGGCGAUUUCUCAGUCUAUGGGAAUGACUUUGACUCCUGUCUUCUGAAUCUUUCUAAAGUUCUCCAGAGAUGUGAAGAUGUGAACUUAGUUCUGAACUGGGAAAAAUAUUACUUCAUGGUCAAAGAGGGAAUUAUUUUAGGACAUCAGAUUUCAGAACGAGGAAUUGAGGUAGAUAAAGCCAAAAUAGAGACAAUUGAGAAACUACCUCCACCUCUUAACGUAAAAGGGGUUAGGAACUUUCUAGGGCAUGCUGGAUUUUUCAGGCGUUUCAUCAAGGAUUUCUCAAAAAUUUCCAAGCCACUAACUAACCUGUUGAUCAAAGAUGUUGAAUUCUGUUUUGAUGAUGACUACAAUGAGGCAUUUAAGAAAAUCAAGAGUGCUCUCAUCUCAACUCCCGUAAUUCAAGCUCCAGACUGGAAACUCCCAUUCGAAAUCAUGUGUGACGCCAGUGACUUUGCAGUGGGUGCAGUUUUAGGACAAAGAAAGGACAAAGAAUUUAAUCUGGAAAUUAAAGACAAGAAAGGGGCUGAAAAUGUUGUGGCAGAUCAUCUAUCCCGAGUAUGGCCAAAUGGACAGAAAGAUGUAGAUUUUGAUCCUCCUAUAAAUGAUGUUUUCCCUGAUGAGCAUCUGUUGGCAGUAAAUUCUGAGAGAGUUCCUUGGUAUGCAGAUUUUGUUAACUAUCUUGCAAGUGGAUCUUGCGACCAAUGUCAAAAGGCCGGGAACAUCACUAGGAGAAGUGAGAUGCCACUGAAUUGCAUCCUCGAAGUGGAACUGUUCGAUGUAUGGGGAGUAGACUUUAUGGGACCCUUUCCUUCAUCAUGUGGAAACAAUUAUAUUCUAGUGGCAGUGGACUAUGUAUUGAAAUGGGUAGAAGCCAUAGCUUCCCCUGCCAGUGACGCCAAAACAGUAAUUAAAUCGUUUAAAAAGGUGAUUUUUCCACGGUUCGGUGUGCCUAAGGCAGUUAUUAGCGACAAGGGUUCACACUUUAUUGAAAGACAGUUUGAAAAUUUGCUAAAGAAAUACGGAGUGAGUCACAAAGUAGUGACACCCUACCAUCCCCAGACCAAUGGACAAGCCGAGAUUUCCAACUGGGAGAUUAAGGAUGUGCAGAGCCUCCACGAGAUGGCCGUGAGCGAGUCACCGUGCGCUUAA